AUGAAUAACGGUGGAAAAAUCGCCAAAAUUAGCAUGCUUGAUACUGGAAGAAUUAUGCCGACGACCGAUUUAAAUAUAAACGUUAACCAGAUUGUAAUAAGUAUGGACCAGAUGAAAGCCGAUGUGAUAAUGGUUAUUUUGUUGAUGCCAAAUGUUGCGUAUAGUAUGGAGGGUAUCAAAAUGAAAGUUGAGGUAUUGGAAUAA